AUGACUGCUUUUCCGUCUCUCCAGGACUUGCAUGUGCUGCACUCCACUAGUGCCCCUCCUGAUACUGCUACUCGAAAGACUGUGCAGUUCAUCUACGUGCAUCCUGAUUCACCGGCGCCUCUUCACCAGCCCUUUACGUUCUCUUUUCACCCCCAAUUUGCCCAUGAUCCUGCGCCUUGGGCCAGCUCUUUCUUUCACGCUAUUCAAUCAACAGUUUAUCAUCCUACUGCGGCUCCUACUCUUGCCUGCCUCACGGUUGAUGAAGUUGGUCGGACCCAGGAAGCAAUUAUGUUGCUUAUUUUUCAAGGACCUCCUUACACUAUUCCUCAGUGUAGCAACGCCAACACUUGCAUUCAAUCUGCACAAACUUGCUAUGCUUCUGCUCAUGCAAUUGCAGUUGUUCUCAAUAGCAGUGGCGAGAUUCGCAAUGCUAAUGCUGGUGAUAAAUGGGUAACAUGGAAUUGGUUUAGAUUGAAAGCUUGUGCCCACGCUAUCACUCAUUUGCAAAAUUACGACGCUAGUGUUUAG